UUUUUCUGUUGGUAAGCUCUGUUAAAAAUAAAUCAUAGAUUCCCCUGGACCUAGGCUCCGUACACUGCUAAGGACUAAGUUGUCCAACUUAUGUGUUUCAGACGUUAAGAAAGAAAGGACUCAAUGGUUGUGACAGUCCAGAUCCUGAUGCUGACGAUUCAGUAGGUCACAGCCCAGAGUCUGAGGACAAGUACAGAAAGAUAAAUGAAGAUAUUGAUCUAAUGAUCAGCAGGCAAAGAUUGUGUGCCGUUCCACCUCCUAAUUUUGAGAUGCCGGUUUCCAUUCCGGUGACCAAUCCUAACAGCUUGGCAUACAGCAAUCCAGCUGGUUCACUGGGUAAUCAUAACCUAUUGCCAUUGUCCCAUCAGUCCUUGCAAAGAAACAGCAUGUCUCCAGGCUUGACACAUAGGCCACCCAGUGCAGGUAACACAGGUGGUCUGAUGGGUGGGGACCUCACAAGCGGUGCAGGCACCAGUGCAGGAAAUGGGUAUGGCAAUCAUCGUAACUCACCAGGUCUGCUGGUCUCACCUGGUAACUUGAAUAAAAAUAUGCAAACAAAAUCACCACCGCCAAUGAACUUGGGGAUGAACAAUCGUAAACCUGACCUCAGAGUUCUUAUUCCACCUGGCAGCAAGAAUACAAUGCCCUCUGUGAAUCAAAGGAUAAACAACUCACAGUCUGCUCAGUCACUGGCUACCCCAGUGGUUCCUGUAGCAACACCGACUUUACCUGGGCAGGGGAUGGGAGGAUACCCAUCAGCAAUUUCAACAACAUAUGGCACUGAAUACUCCCUAAGCAGUGCAGACCUGUCAUCUCUCUCUGGGUUUAAUAGCAGCGCCCUUCACCUUGGCUCAGUUACUGGCUGGCAACAACACCAUCUGCAUAACAUGCCCCCAUCCGCUCUCAGCCAGUUGGGAGCUUGCACUAGCACUCACUUAUCUCAGAGUACAAAUCUCUCCCUGCCUUCUACUCAAAGCCUCCACAUCAAGUCAGAACCUGUUUCUCCUCCUAGAGACCGUACAACACCUUCGGGAUAUCCUCAACACACGCGCCACGAGCCUGGGAGAUCUCCUGUUGACAGCCUGAGCAGCUGUAGCAGUUCGUACGAUGGAAGUGACCGGGAAGACCACCGAAAACGACUUUCACUCCCCCAUUGGACUCACCAGACCUUCGCCGGACGAAAGAGAAAGUCCCUCAGUCAAGCGCAUGCGGCUCUCUGAAGGAUGGGCAACAUGA